AUGCAGUCUCAGAACUCUACUCCAACCCAGAGCCCAUGGCCAGAGCUGCCAGGGCGCUCUGCAGGCAUAGCAACCCCAGACGGUGCCGUAGACCCAGAUCGUCGAAAGCGGGUACGCCCACAUCCCGCCAUCAGCGCUCUGAUCCUAGGAGCAAUCGCGUUGCUGCCCUGCGUGUUCGUGCGCCGGCAAACGGGAGCACUGCGCAAAGAGCUGAUGGUUGCUGAAGCAAAGAACACGGGAUUGCGCAAGAACGUGAAGAUGGCACUAGCUGAGAUCAUCCAUGUGCGCACCGAGCACAUACAGCUAGUGAAAUUACUCGAAGAGAACAAGCGAGCGAUGGAAGGAUUGAAAGGACAAAUGGACCGCAUGGAGAGCUCCCGUGUGGAUGUGGAUCUUCGGAUACAUGGCGGACUGAAGGAUAUGGGGCAGACGUUGCAAAGGCUCGAGGCAGACGGCGUGCAGCGAGACCGCACGUGGGCAGAGUGGGAAAACACUUGCCGUAAUGAUCUUAAGGCACUUUUGCGCGACGCUCAGCAAACAAGGUCACACCUCGCCGCUGUCCAGGAGGUCGGGACAUCCUUAGCUCACGUUGCUGCGUUUAUGCACGAGGUUGAAGUCAGGCAGGGCUAUGUACCACGCAAUGAUGAUGGGCGAGGUAUCGAGCAGAUGCGACAUCUUGCAAAGAAAUUGCAGGAAGCUCCUGGGUCGAAUUUCGGACAAGAAUUGAAGGAGACUGAAAAGGCGGCCUCGGGUACGAACUCAGAUACCACUUCGAGGGCUUCCUAA